CGCCAUUCGACGGUAUCACCCACUGCUAAUUUAACAAUAAUGGUUAAGUUUGAGUUUGUUCUUUUGACCGCUGUCGUGGCAGUUCUGGCGAAUCCAGACUUACUGUACGACUUAGAAGACGCGGAAGAACAUUUUCAAGAAUUCAUGGAUUCGUACGGAAAGCUAUAUAAUAGUUCAGAAGAAGAGGCAUAUAGGUUUGAAAUAUUUAAGCAGUCACUUAUAGAGUACAACAAACAAAAUUUGAAAAAUCCACUUGCUGACUUUGGGGUCCAUGAGUAUUCUGAUUUAUCUCCUGACGAAUUCGGGAAACUCCGAACUGGUUACGUUCCACUUGGCGGCGAUAAUUGUACAUUACAGGCGACACCUGAAGACAAUCCGCCAGCUAGCUGGGAUUGGCGCAAUCAUAACGCUGUAGGACUCGUUAAAAAUCAGGGAAAAUGUGGUGCCUGCUGGGCUUUCUCUGUAAUUGGUAAUGUGGAGGGUCAAUACGCCAUUAAACAUGGGAACAUAUUAUCAUUGUCUGAGAAGGAACUCGUCGAUUGUGACACCAACGCAAAGGGCUGCAGCGGCGGAUCGACGGUUCGGGCUAUCGAAUUUCUCCAACAAGUUGGUGGAGUGGUAGCGGAAGAAGACUAUCCUUACAGGCCUGUGCAAGAUAAAUGCUCAUUUGAUAAGGGGAAGGUGAAGGUCCAAGUGAUCGGGUGCGAGAUGUGGUACAUCAGCAACGAAGACGAUAUCAAAAAAGUUCUGCACAAACGCGGACCUUUGUCAGUUGUUAUCGACCCUACCGACAUAAAAGGUUACCACGGGGGAGUCUUAAAGCAAUGUCUUCAUUAUCCACUAACUACAGAAUUACAUGCAGUGCUAUUGGUGGGGUAUGGUUCUGAGAAUGGCGUAGACUACUGGAUACUGAAAAACUCAUGGGGCACCGUAUACGGCGAGAAAGGCUACUUCAAGGUGCCGCGAGGAGUCAACGCCUGCGGCAUUAUGGAUUUUCUACUGAGCAGUUCUAUAGUAGCUUGAAGCGUUUUCGGUCAAUACGUGUACCAAUAAAGCAACGU